AGAUGGGACUGAUCGGAGCAAGGUAGCGUAUGUCGAUGGCAAGGGAGCAAGGGAGUGAGAGCUGCUGGAACAAUGAAGCCGCAACGUCAACGUCAAGGCGGUGAUGGAGGAACUGGAGAAGGAAAGAAGCUGGGAGGCCAGCGUAAUCCAGGCGGGUGACUGGGAUAUGGAGAUGGUAUAUAAAAGCGAAUUGAGAAGCGCGGUGGCAGGACGUGAGACCUCAGCUCAGCAGGACGGAUGAACGAACGGACAGAACAGAACGUUCAGAGAAGAGAAGAGUGACGAUGUUGAUAAGAUCAGGCUCGAGACAUGGAGCAGAGUUGGAAACGAGAAGGAGAGGGAGGAGAAGCGGAGGGGAGAAGGAGAGAGAGGAGAGACAGGAGAGGAGGAAGAAGACAAGGGACAAGGCUCAGAUCAAUCAAAUGAUGGAGAGGAAGUGUUUUCCCGUCGGUUGCCCCUGUUCUUUGCCCCCCAACGCCGGGAGGGCUGGAGGUGAUCAUCAAGCGACCCGACGAGCGCCAGGAUGGGCGGCCCCAUACUGGUUGGUGGUGGUGGUAAGUAGUGGCAUAGCGAUGAUACCCUGUUGUGCCCUCGGUACGGUGCGACAAGAGCACAAGAGAAAAAAAGACGCUGGACCCUACGUGCACACGCAAAAGUUCUUGGCCGCGGCCGUAGCCCCUCGAGAUCCUUCGACGUUAGACGAUGUCUUACUGGCAGCCGCAGCUAGAACCAGUGCAGUAGUCCGCCCGUCUCUUAGCCAGGGGCUCAAGGACCCAAGAGCGCAAGGGUUCAGGUUCUAG